AAUCAAUUUUGGCUCUGAAAAUGGGUUACUUAUCCAACCUCACACUGUGCUCCGUACUCAUGCUGAGUGCGUGUUUGGUCACAACAACGCGAGCAGCAAAUUUUGAGAUAGUGAAUAAUUGUCCUUACACAGUAUGGGCAGCUGCCAGCCCCGGCGGUGGUGUCCGCCUUGAAAGAGGUCAGACAUGGAACCUGGGGGUAGCACCUGGCACCGCCAUGGCUCGUAUAUGGGGCCGUACAGGCUGCAACUUCGAUGGCAGCGGUCACGGUCGUUGCCAAACCGGUGACUGCACCGGCGGACUUAAAUGCACAGGUUGGGGUGUCCCUCCAAACACCUUGGCUGAGUUUGCAUUGAACCAAUAUCAAAAUCAGGAUUUCUAUGACAUCUCUCUUGUUGAUGGUUUCAACAUUCCAAUGGACUUCUAUCCCCUCAAUGGUGGCUGUCACAAAAUCAGCUGCACAGCUGAUAUUAAUGGACAGUGUCCUAACGAAUUGAGGGCACAGGGUGGGUGUAACAAUCCAUGCACAGUGUUUAAGACCAAUGAAUAUUGCUGCACCAAUGGCCAAGGAAGUUGUGGAGCCACUAACUAUUCAAGGUUCUUCAAAGACAGAUGCCAUGAUGCAUACAGCUACCCUCAGGAUGACCCAACAAGUACCUUCACAUGCCCCGCUGGCUCUAAUUAUAGAGUUGUUUUCUGUCCACUUGGUUAUCCUCAUAUCCCACUUCAGAUGCCAGGAAGUACGACCAAUGAGUAUUGAAAACAAAAGUACGAGAAGAUGAAGUUUUUCGCGAAAACUUCAUUUAUAUAUGAUAAUCAAUAAGCUCGGAGCUUGUUUAGUUUUUUGACUGUGUGUAAUGAAAUAAUAUAUAUGGACGAAAUGAAGGCGUACCUUCUACUAAUGAACUUUCUUUGUUAUGAUAAGAUC